UUUCAGUUAUUCUGGAUCAGUCCACGGGUUCGCUCGCUUGUAGCUCGACGCCGUAGCUCGUUUCACGAUAACUUUUCGACAAGAACUUGAAACAUUUCUUAAGUUUUUUUUUGUGUUUGUUAUGUUUCAGCGCAAUGAACGUUUCGAGAAGAAUGUAAAUUCCGCGCUCGAACGUAUGGGAAUAUUUUCAGUGCUCUAUCUCUCGGUGUAAAGUAAUAAUUAGCCAUUCCUAAGUCACGAAAAAAAGUGCAAAGAUGUGCCCGGAAAAGAAGAGAUAAAUAUUUGAAGGACAAGAGUCCCACCAUGUUCUCAUUAGCAGAAGGGUGUGGAUGUGUCAGUUUUAGAGGAAGCCGCCGAACCAAAUCCCUAGGAGACGACUCGUCCUCCUGCCGAAGUUCUGAAAUAGAACAAGAAGUUCCUAAGAAGCUCAGUAAGAGAGUCCUGAACGGGGAGUGCGGUAUGAAGGCGUUCGCACCGUUCCUACGUUUCUGGAAAAGAGAUGACGUCAGCAUGACCAAGGCUGAAAGAACGAUGAAAGCGGCGAUACUGAUCCAGCAGUGGUAUCGCCGCUACCUGGCGCGUAUGGAGGUGCGGAGACGGUACACCUGGACGAUAUUCCAGAGCAUCGAGUAUGCCGGCGAACAGGACCAGGUCAAACUGUACAACUUUUUCAACGCACUUCUCAGCCACAUGAAGGACACCAGUGGUCGACCGUCAUCUGAAAGAACCUCCAGAACUGCCUCUAUCAUGGAGCAGGUAUUCUCCGAGGAGUCCGACGAAGGGGGAGGCGUGGACGAGACCGCGCCGCCCAAGCACUCGCACGGCCCCGAUAUCGAGUUCCCUCUGCAGAGGAAAGACGUCGAUCUCCUCAUAGAAGCCUUUAGGAAAAAGAAGAACCGUCUACACCCGAAGCACGUCGCUCAGAUCCUGAAAGAGGCUUCGCAGGCGCUGAAGAGAUUACCCAACAUCAAUGUGGCAACCACCUCCAUCUCCAGCCAGAUAACCAUCUGCGGGGACAUACACGGGAAACUCGAUGACUUGCUGGUUAUUUUUCAUAAGAACGGGUUGCCGUCAACGGAGAACCCCUACAUAUUCAACGGCGACUUCGUGGACCGAGGCAAAAAGGGCUUAGAGGUGUUCCUCCUUCUGUUGGCCUGCAUGCUGGCCUUCCCCGGAGGAGUGUUUCUCAAUAGGGGCAAUCACGAGGAUCUCAUUAUGAACGCCAGGUACGGCUUUAUACGGGAAGUUCAGCUGAAAUAUCGACACAAUGCCGAGCGGCUACUGAAGCUGAUAGAGAACGUGUACCGCUGGCUGCCGUUGGGCACCAUCAUCAACAACAGGGUGUUUGUCGUCCAUGGCGGCAUCUCCGACACUACUGACCUCGACAUGGUGCGGAGUUUGGAGAGAGACAAGUACGCGUCCCUCCUGCGGCCACCUGUUAAUGAAGGCGCCGCCCCGGGUGCCGAAGGAAUUGAUAAAGUGGAAUGGAAACAGGUUUUCGACAUAAUGUGGUCAGACCCGCAGGCGGUGGGCGGGUGCGUGGCCAACACACUCCGCGGCGCCGGCACCUACUUCGGCCCCGACGUCACCGUCGAGUUCCUCAACCGGAACAAGCUGAGCUUCCUCGUCCGCAGCCACGAGUGCAAGCCCGGCGGUUACGAGAUCAUACACGACGGAAAUGUAAUAACAAUUUUCUCCGCCUCCAACUACUACGAGUUGGGUUCCAACAAGGGAGCUUACCUCAAGCUCCGCGGGAAUGCUCUUGAGAAGCAGUUCGUGCAAUACACCGCCGCUGUAUCCCGGACUCGUCGGUUGACCUUCCGACAGAGAGUAGGGCUGGUGGAGGCGUCGGCCAUGAGAGAGCUCCACAGCCAUAUCAUGAUGGCCAGAAGAACGUUGGAGGCAACCUUCCGAAGCAUGGAUACUGAUGGGUGUGGGUAUAUAUCAAUAAGCGACUGGUGCUACGCGAUGGAGGACACCACGCACCUCGGCCUGCCCUGGCGCAUGUUGAAGGACAAGCUCGUGAGGACGGACAUGGACACGCGCCGAGUGCGCUACAUGGACACCUUCGACUUCUCGGCUAACAAAAUUGGAAGAAAAACUGACAACACGACCGUCGUGGAGACGCUAUAUAAGAACAAAAGGAGUUUGGAAGCGAUUUUCAAGAUCCUGGACAAGGACAAUUCUGGUUACAUAACUUUGGAGGAGUUCUCGGAAGCGUGCAACCUCCUCGGUAAGUACAUGCCGAACCCCAUGACGCAGGAGCAGCUCGUUGACAUCUGCCGGCUGAUGGACAUCAACAAGGACGGCCUCGUCGACCUCAACGAGUUCCUCGAGAGCUUCCGCCUCGCCAACAAGAGCCUGAACGAGGAGGAGAACGAGGUGGACGACUACCGGGCCAUAUGACAGGAGCUCGACCGCUGUCCGUCGAGGACGGCGGUCGACAGGGACGAGACCGGCGUCGACAUCGAGGUACUGAAGCUCGACGACGAGACGACGGAUCGGGGUACGACGAGAGACCGUGGUGCGACGAGAGACGACAUAGAGAUGACGGAGUACCGACGACCGGGGCUGCUGGAGAGCGACAUAUAAAUUUAUUGACUUUUAUCUUUAGCUCAGCGAAACCAUAAGUGCUAUAUUUAGGUUUUUGACUGUCUAUGGCGUGUUGAAAUAUCUUCAUUAAUUUAUAUGGUUUUCUAUCUGAGUAUUGAGUAAUCAUAAUGUUACUAUUCAAAUACGAUUCAGAUACGAUACUAAGAUACAUGCAAGAAAAAAAGUAACUGAAAAACAAAUAGAUGUAGGUGGUGUUAAAAAAUUAUACACACAUUUUUUUAUCGUACUCUAUCGGUAAAAAAGAGAUAGUAACCUCUUGUUAAUUUAUAGAGAAAGCUGUUUUGUUAAUUCUGGUAAUACCACAGUUUUAACAAAACAGCUCUUAAAGUUUUUCAGAAACAGUGUUUCAAAAGCACGUGCUAUAACUUUCUUAAAACAAAAGGUUUCACAAGAAAACGUGUUUCAGAAAGGGAAUUAUUCUCACUGAAAUCAGAGCGUUUAUCGAGCAGUACCUAUGAGUUAAAGUUAAAGUAAAAUUUAUAGGUAUCCUUUUUCACAUACAUAUUAUAUUACACAAUACUGUCGCUUCAAACUCACUAUAGAAUAAU